AUGGAAGCCAUGACCGUGCAGGGACUAUCGAACGGUAGCGGGCCCAUUGAUGACCCCAAGGAGGAAACGCCAACGCCGAUGGCGCAGCCUGCCGAAGAGCUCGAAACCGUGGUCCUAAACGAGGAUUUCCCCGAUCGGUGGGUGAAGAUCGGCACCAUCCUAGAUCCCGACCUUCGAAGACAGUUCAUCGACUUCUUACAGCAACAGGCGGAGGUCUUCGCCUGGUCUUAUGACGAUAUGCCUGGCAUAUCACCUGAUGUCAUCAGCCACAAGCUCAGCAUCUCCACCGCCCACAAACUGGUCAGACAGAAGCGCCGCUCAUACGAUGCCGAACGGUACGAGGCAAUGCGUGCCGAAGUUGACAAGCUCAAAGCCAUCGGCUUUAUCAGGGAAGCUACGUACCUUGUCUGGCUUGCCAACUCAAUCAUGGUUCGGAAGGCCAAAGAAGGAUGGCAGAUGUGUCAGGACUAUACCGACCUGAAUAAGGCUUGUCCGAAGGACAGUUUCUCCUUGCCGAUCGCGGCAUUCAUCACCGAUCGCGGUUUGUACUGUUACAACGUCAUGCCCUUCGACCUCAAAAAUGCGGGAGCAACUUAUCAACGGCUCGUCAACCGGAUUUUUGCUAAGCACAUCGGCAGCAUCAUGGAAGUAUAUGUCGACGACAUGUUGGUGAAAAGCCGAACGGCAGGGGGGCAUCUAGAAAACCUAGCCCUCAUGUUCGGUAUACUAAAGGACUACCGGAUGAGGCUGAACCCAACGAAGUGCGCCUUCGGUGUAUCUUCCGGUAAAUUUCUCGGAUUCAUGAUCAACCAAAGGGGAAUCGAGGCUAAUCCCGAGAAAAUCAAAGCCAUAAUCGACAUGGAGACGCUGAAGACGCAGAAGGACAUUCAAAGCCUUACCGGGCGUGUCACUGCCGUGACACGCUUCAUCCCCAAGGCUACCAACAAGUGCGUGCCGUUCUUCAAAGCUUUGAAAGGGGGCAAACAUCAUAUCGCAUGGACUCCCAAAUGCGACCAGGCAUUUCAAAACUUGAAGAACUACAUGAGCUAG